UCGUUUAUUAAAACAUAUGGUCUUAUACCAUCUGGCAAGAAGGUACGUGUUCUAGCUUUAGAGAUCAUAACAAAUACUCUCAGAUUUAAUCUCGAUCGAGACACAUUCUGCAUACAUGCACAAAUUCUGGGGAAGCAUUUCUAACUUGUAUUAUUAAAUUUCUCGAUUCGAACAUUCAAGGACGCGAUACUGAAAGUCUGGUUUCAACAAAAAAAAAAAAAGACGAGAGAAACAUGAAUGACGACAACUAUGGAAGCAACUUGAACUCGGUAUUAAUCGUUGGAAAUUCCUGCUUCGGUUGUUGAUGGCUAUUUGGAUAACUGCUAGGACAAUGUUUGUAGCACUUCCGCUUCGCAAGACAAAAAGUAUAAGCUCCGUUUUUGCAAGUGUCUUUCAUGCAAAUGUUAACACAGUUUUCGUCAUCUCCCGAAACCAGUUGAUUCGUCGAGCUCGAAAUCGCUAGCAAUAUCAUCACCGCUACUCCUAUCACUGUCUUCAUUCUUCUUCAACAAACACCUCUACUACUAAUUGAUCUUGAUAUCUUCUUGCACUAGAGGUAGAGGGUGUUUGAUGCUUCUUCCGCCACAGCUCUUCUCUUCUCUUUAUUAGAAAACCCUAGUUCAUAACUGGAAGAAAACAAAGAUGGGUGCAAUAAGUUUGACUGAAAAGAGUAUCCUGAAGAGUAAUUGCAACGGAAAAAGGACAAGAAGGCAGUAUCCUCUAUUAAUUACAAAAUUAAAUGAUUCAAUCUUUUUGGUCAAAACUGCCCACUUCUGUAUAUCUUUAAAAGAAGGAAUGGAGUCUCCCCACUUCUUCAUAAAGAACUCUCAAAUCAGCAACAUACAUAUUAUAUUACACCCUAAAAAAGAUUUCACAACUUCUCCAGAGAAUGAAGACGAAGAUGAUCGGAGUGAUCGUAAUGUUGGUCGUUUUGGGUUCAACGACGAAUCAAGCAGCAGUAUUGGCUGAUUACGAAUCGUGUUUCAAGAAGUGCGUCGGCAGCUGCCCUUUCAGCAACCCGAAAUUGUGCAACACGUACUGUUCCAUAAGGUGCCAGAGUAGUACUGAACUACCACUACAGAAGCCGAAAAAUCUGGCAACGACGAACGGCGAUUCUGAUUCGACUCCGUAGUCGUGCGCGACUACUACUAAUUCUAAGUUCGAUGUGUAUGUCCUCGCAACAAAAAAAAAUGAUGUGUGCGCGCGGUGUAAUUGAAACAAUCAAUGUAGUUGGCGAGUCUCUCUUUUGAUGGUGUUUUGCAACUCGUUUAUCCAUAUGAAUGAAUGAUGGCAUGAUGGUAAAAUUGUGUUUUUGACGAAAUUUUGCGUGAUCAAUCCACUCUAUAACUUCAAGAAAACAGAAAACGAUGUUACUCGGUUCAUUGGAGAGAAAUCGAAAAAAUAAUGAUGGUGAUGAUUGGAUACAUGACAAUGCCAGUGAUUUUGGGUUCGCGAUGCCAAAUGACCACUCGAGUAGUGGUGUUUGCGCCUUUGCAGAUUAUGCUUCGUCUUUCAAACAGUGCAAUCUCUCUUACCGUCUGGGUGAUGUGAAGUUGUGUAAUCAAUACCGCAACAGAAAAAAAAAAAGGAAGAUGGUAUCCUCCAUUAAAGAGGAUUUUUUGUUUUUUGUUUUGAACCUGCUCGAUCUAUUAAUUGUUUGAAUUUCUUGCUUCGGUUGUUGAUGGCUAUUGGAUGACCAGGACAAAUUUUUGUUGCACUUAGCAAGACAAAUAGUAUAAAAUCCAUGUUUGCAUUUUGCAAGUGUCUUUUAUGUUCACACAAUUCUCAUUAUCUCCCGAAAUCAGUUGAUUCAUCGAGCUCGAAAUCACUAACAAUAUCAUCAUCACCGCGGGAAUUUCCAGCAAUUAAUACAGAUUCCAAGUUGGUUCCAUAGUCGUGGUUCUUGUUUCUCCUCAUAUUUUGUCUCAUAGUUGAAUUCACUUAAAAAGAGAUUUAAACAACAUAAACGUUAUGGUGUGAAUGUGAUCUGAUUUCAAAGGGUAACACGAGAAAAAUCCCUAAACAGAGUAAUUGCAGUAAAUGGAGUUAAUUAGAGAGUAUCCCACAGAGUAAUUGCAACGGAAAAGGGAAAGAAGGCAGUAGUAUCCUCUAUUAAUUAUAAAAAUUAAAUGAUUCAAUCUUUUUGGUCAAAACUGCUCCCCUCUGUAUUUCUAUAAAAGAAGGAAUGGAUUCUCCCACUUCGUUACCAUCAAAGGAAAAAUUAAACAACUCCCAAAUUAGCAACACACAUAAAUUACCCUCAAGAAGAUUUCAGAAUCGUUAUCUCCAGAAUGAAGACGAUGAUCGGAGUGAUCGUGAUGUUGGUCGUUUUGGGUUCGACGAUCAAUCAAGCAGUACUGGCGGACUACGCAUCGUGUUUCAAGAAGUGCGAUGGCAGCUGCAGUUUGGGCAGCGAAAGAUUGUGCAACGUCUACUGUUCGAAAAUGUGUCGUGGCCAGAGUGAGCUAAAGAAGCCCGAAAAUCUGGCAACGAAUAGCGAUUCUAAGUUGAUUUCGUAGUCGCGCGAUACUACUGAUUCUAAGUUCGAUGUAUUAUGUCCUCGCAACAAAAUUAUGCGGUGUAUUGAACAAUCAAUAUAUAGUUUGAGUCACUCUUUUUGAGGUGUUUCGCAACUUGUUUAUCUAUAUGAAUGAACAAUCAGUAUUUAC